AUGAAUAAAUUGCUGCUGCUGCUGCUGCUUGUCGCCUCCGCCGCCGGCUGCAGCUUCUUCCUCGUCGCCCGUGCAAGUGCACCGAACCACCGACCCAACCAGGCAAACAGCGUCGCUGCCGCGAGCUGCAUACCGAGAGAUAGGGACGCGCUGCUGGCGUUCAAGCGAGCCAUCACAGGCGAUCCCGCAGGCCGGCUGGCGUCGUGGCGGGAACAAGACCAUGACUGCUGCCGCUGGGGAGGUGUCCGGUGCAGCAACGUCACCGGCCAUGUGGUCAGGCUCUAUCUCGGAGCCCCGGCUGCUGCCCCCUGCGAUUGGGGCGAUUCUGACGAUGAUGGCGUCCUUGGUAAUGGCUCCGACGACUUGCAUGUGAACAUAGAUAAGGGGACUUGCUGA